AUGUACCGAAGUAGGUCAAGUUCCACAGAUCCGUCUUCGGAGUUGGAUCAGUGUAUUGAUAUCAAAUGGGUUGAGGAAAUGGAUGAUGCUACUUGUCCUAUUUAUCGUCAGGGAAUAUACCAGACCAUGCCUCGUCCAGCUGGUGCCAAAAAGGCCCGAGGCUCCGAGCAGAAACCACUUGCUGAGGAAACCGGUAACCGGUUCCACGCAUUGAUCGUCCGAUGCGAGAAGAACUGA